AUAGUUGUAAAAAUUGAUCUGAAAAGUAUUUAGAAGUAAAGUUAUUAAUUAAUUGAUGGUUUGUUGAUGCAAUACGGCUGAUGCUCCGCUGGACAAAGUGUUUAUAGAAGCCUGCGAAAAAUUGCAAAACAAGCGUCGAUCCGAUCGUCGUUAUUUAAUACAAACGAAAAAUCGUGUGGAGAUCAUCGUGUUGGUGCUCGGGGACAUAUUUUGAGAAAAUUUGAUUUAAUAAAUUGCUGUUGAAAAAUGGUGCGUCGUCGCGCUACCAAAGUUGCAGCGCUUACUGGCGGAGGUGCGCGAAGCGCCAAUAGUAAUUUGUUAGAAAAUGGUGAACUCAAAUCUACGGUUGGUUGUACACAUUUGGACGAACAAUACUUUGCCAGUCCUAAACGCAAAGACUGUAAAAUUGAUAACUGCUUGAUGGAAAAGCUCGGUAAUAAAGAACAUCAGUCCGAAAAAGAAGUGAAAACACACGGAAAAACUAAAUCAUCGUCAUCAGCAACUGGCAAGGUUCGAGCCGAAAGAGGAGGUAUUGCAGGCCGUACGAUUGGUGUGCCUUUGGCCACUCGUUCACAAACACGUACAAUAGAAAAUUUUUUCAAAGCUAAAACUGCUGCCAAUAAUGCUAAAUUAGAAGAGACUUCCGUUACAAGAACUGAAAGCAUAAGCUGCACAGAAAACGAAGAAUACUUGUAUGAUGAGUUGCCCCACUACAAUAAUAUUCAGCCAUCAACACCAGAUACACCAUGCGAACUUGACGAAGACACAAAUGAUAGUGAAUUUUGUUCACAGCUGACAGAGGAGACAGUAUUCGGCAGUGAUUUUCUUACACAUCGCUCACAAUUACGUGACAGCCACUCGUCAACUGGCAGUGCAUGUACAAAUAUCAGCAACUCGGAAAACAUAUUUCUACAAGAACCCGUACUAACUUUGAAUGUCGACAAAACGCCAAAUCAAGCGUCAUCCAUAAAGAUAAAUACGUCACUAGAGGUGGAGCCGAUCUUUUCAUCACCACCCGCACUUACGUCUGCACUUAAUGGGCGUUUCAAUCAAAUUGUGACACUCAACAUUUCGCCGUGCAAGAAACUUAACACAUUCUCUUGUGAAGCACCAAAUAUGGCCAUUGUAGGCUUACAUGAGGAUGAUUUGGUAGAAGAGUUAUUACCUGAACAGGAAAAAGAACAAGACAUUGAGAAUGAUAAUGACAAUAGUUCUUGCGAUAGUGGUGUUGCUUUUACUACCACAGUAAAUAGAGAUAUGCUGUUGACAGAACAAAAUGACAAGAUCGUGUCAGUGGCGACGGAUAAUGGCAAUAAGCAUAGAAGAAAACCAGCAACACCACAUCGUAUUGUAUGUCCUUCACCAAUUAAAACUAUGCCACCUAUGAUCUCACCUAUGCGUGCUGCUGUGAACGGUAGAAUCUCGUCACCAUCAGGACGUAAACUUAACAAAGAACAUUUAUCGCCGCGGAAAUCCCCACGUAAAAUGGCGUCUGCCAAUUCUAAAACACGUCGAAGGCUGAACACACCAAAAGAGCUUAGCGCACUAAAUAACGCCGAGGAAGCAGUUAAGUUGUUACCUGAGGAAUGUGCAGUCGCUGUGAAUUACAAUGAGCCAACUAAGUUUAUACAACAUGAGAUCAACGAUUGCGAGAAACGUGAACAACAACAACAGAAAUGCGCCACAAUAAUGAAUACAUUGAAACAACCACAAAAACUAGUGGCACCAAAAUCACAUGUGGUCAAAAUGCAAACACACAAAUCGAAAUUGGUGAACGGUCGACCACUUGCCACAACAAAUAACAAUCACUCCUUAAAAGAAUGCUUCCCCGUGCGUCGUAGUGUACGCAAAACUAAAACUGCCGUAAAUGAAGAGAUCAUGCGCAAUCUGGAGCGGGCUAUUCUCGAAGAACGCGCCGAUGGACUGAAGGUGGCACAUUUUGAGGGCAAAGGUCGCGGUGUUGUAGCCGAACGACACUUUCAACGCGGUGAAUUCGUUGUGGAGUAUAUUGGUGAUCUUAUACCGUUGACCGAGGCGAGUGCGCGCGAGAAGCGUUAUGCAUUGGACGAGAACGCAGGCUGUUACAUGUACUAUUUUCGGCAUCAAAAUCAACAGUAUUGCAUUGAUGCAACUGCGGAUACAGGCAAAUUGGGACGACUUGUGAAUCAUUCACGUAAUGGCAAUCUCAUUACAAAAGUGGUCGUAGUAAAGCAACGGCCACACCUGAUAUUAGUAGCAAAAGAUGACAUAGAGCCGGGCGAAGAAUUAACCUACGAUUAUGGUGAUCGUUCCAAAGAAUCGCUACUGCAUCAUCCUUGGCUGGCUUUCUAGAAACGUCGUGGUCCAGUUGAUGGCGUCGUGAGGAGGCUAAACCCUUUAUAUAUUUAGCAUGACAGAUGAAAACAAAUCAAGUGCUUAACGAUGAAAGUCGUAGCGACUUAAUACAGAGUUAACUGUCAAUAAGGCUAGUUAAAAUUAAUCAAAAAAUGACUUCUUAAGCGUGUGCUUGACCGUGUGCGCGCUUGUGUGGGCUGAUCGUCAGCGCGACAUUUAAUGGCUCAACUGCAGCUCAGUUGCAAAAACAAAUUAAGGAAUAGUAUAGUGAAAAAAGAGUUCUAAUACAAAAUACCUUUUAUUAGAAAGCAUAUAACAUACAUAUAUAUAUAUAUAUUUAAUAAUAAUAACAAUACGAUUUAUAGUAACAUUAAUAUUUUAUAGACUUCUUUCGGUAAUUGUUAAUGCUUUAUUAGUGAUAAGCGAAAACAACAAAAAGAAAUUAAGAGAAAACAAAAACAAACAAAACAAGAUGGCGUACGCACAGUGUGACAACCUGACAUGACGAACAUCUUGUAACAGAAUUUUGGCUGACUUCACUUUGUGCCCACCUGAAGGGUAGUUAUGGAAAAGUAAAUAAAAUACUGAAUUAAAAAAAAAAAAAUUAAAUAAUUUUUUGUUAAAUUUCGUGUGAAGCAAAACUUUAGAAUCGAAUACAUUUGUUACAAUUAAGACAAACAAAAGGCUAGUAAAAUUUGUUUAAUUACUUCAAAA